GGGAAGGCUGGCGUCGGAGGUUGGAGUUUAAGUGUGGGGUCUGUCGCAGUACCUGGGGGCUGAGGCUGAACGCGCCCGGGGUGACCCUGUUUGCAGUAGGCAUGUCAGAAGACGAGGCGGCUCAGGCCCCCAGACCCAGCUUGUGGGAGCAGGACCAGCAGAACGUGGUGCAGCGUGUGGCGGCCCUGCCCCUGGUCAGGGCCACGUGCACCGCGGUCUCCGAUGCUUACAGCGCCGCCAAGGACAGGCACCCGCUGCUGGGCUCCGCCUGCCGCCUGGCUGAGCACUGCGUGUGCGGCCUGACCACGCGUGCCCUGGACCACGCCCAGCCGCUGCUGAGCCACCUGCAGCCCCAGCUGGCCACAGUGAACGAUCUCGCCUGCAGGGGCCUGGACAAGCUGGGGGAGAAGCUGCCCUUUCUCCAGCAACCUUCAGAGACGGUGGUGAACUCGGCCAAGGACGCAGUGGCCAGUGGCGUGACAGGCGUGGUGGGCCUGGCUCGGCAAGGCCGCCGCUGGAGCGUGGAGCUGAAGCGAUCCAUGAGCCACGCCGUGGACGUCGUGCUGGGCAAGUCAGAGGAGCUGGUAGACCACUUCCUGCCCAUGACUGAGGAGGAGCUUGCGGCGCUGGCAGCGGAGGUUGAGGGCCCGGAAGUGGGCUCUGUGGAAGAGCAGCGGAGACAGCAGGGCUACUUUGUACGCCUGGGUUCCCUGUCGGCGCGGCUCCGCCACCUGGCAUAUGAGCACUCUCUGGGGAAACUGAGGCGGAGGAAACACCACGCCCAGGACACACUGGCCCAGUUGCAGGAGACUCUGGAGCUGAUUGACCACAUGCAGUGCGGGGUGAUGCCCAUCACCCCAGCCUGCCCGGGGAAGGUGCAUGAGCUGUGGGAGGGCUGGAGCCAGCACUCCCCAGAGAACAGCUGCCGCAGUCAGGCGGAGCUGGAGACCCUGGUGCUGUCCCGAAGCCUGAUGCGGGAGCUGCAGAGCACCGUGGACGCGCUGGAGACCAGCGUGCGGGGCCUGCCCCCCAGCGCCCAGGAAAAGGUGGCCGAGGUGCGGCGCAGUGUGGACGCCCUGCAGGCCGCCUUCGCCGACGCCAGCUGCUUCGAGGACGUGCCGGCGGCCGUGCUGGCCGAGGGCCGGGGCCGCGUGGCCCGGGCCCAGAUGUGCGUGGAAGAGCUGCUGGAGCUGGUGGUGCAGGCCGUGCCCCUGCCCUGGCUGGUCGGGCCCUUCGCGCCCAUCCUCGUGGAGCGGCCCGGGCCCCCGCCCGACCUGGAGGCCCUGGUGGACGAGGUCGUGGGGGGGCCCGACCCCCGCUGGGCGCACCUGAACUGGCCGGCCCAGCAGAGAGCCUGGCAGGCCCAGUACGGGGACGGGAUGGGCCUCCCCGGGGACAUUCCCGAGGAGGAGCCUAAGUCCCCCAGCCGCCGCAAGCACACCCUGAUGCCAGAACUGGACUUCUGACCCGAUGGGGCCGUGGGACCGCGAAAGCAGCUGGAGGCCGUCCUGCACCCCGAGAUCCCUGCUGCCCCCUAGCGGCCGUGCAUCAGCAUUACUAGCCGAUGCCUUGGCCUUGGCCCAGGCACGGAGUUGGGGGCUGGGGACCUAACUCUGAAUCCUAGACCAGCUUCACUGAUAUUAGACCAUCCCCAGUCUUUCCCUUGGACAUAUGAGGACUUGAACCUAAUUCAGGUCUGACUAGCCCCAAGCUGCGUUCACUGGCUGUGGUCCCGCAUUGCCCCACCCCAAGAAGCUGAUCAAAACUCCCCAGAGAGUCGCAUGUUUUGCCCAGAUAGAAGCACACGCUUCUGUUUGGGGUUUUGAAAAGUGAGUGUCCCCUUCCUCCCCCAGCUUGUCUAUCCCGGACUGAGGGGUCCCCAAAGAUGCUUCAACAGCUGGACCUGCCACACCCACUUGCUUUGCUGUUUGGGGUUUUGCUCUCCAGAAUAAAGGUGCUUCAUGUUGUCCAAAGGCCAGUGGCCUC